GCAGUAUCUGAAACAACAAAGUUCGUUCGAUCGAGUACCUCGCCGGCAGCGGGAUCGGGCAAUGGCAGGGGAGUCCCUUGGCCCGCGUGCCCGGCCGACGGUGCCCUCCCCGCCUGACGCAGCAGCCCGGCGGGCGGCGGCGGGGAAGGGGAAGAAGAGAAGCGCGUGGCUGGCGGCGGACGGGAGCAAGCGGUGGGGGGAGGCCUUCUUCCUGCUCUACACGCCCUUCUGGCUCACGCUCUGCCUCGGCCUCGUCGUCCCCUUCAAGCUCUACGAGAGGUUCACGGAGCUGGAGUACUUGGUUAUUGGAUUGGUGUCUGCCGUGCCUGCGUUCCUCAUCCCGCUCUUCCUCGUAGGCAAGGCAGACAACAAUAGAAGUUUGAAAGAUCGUUAUUGGGUUAAGGCUAAUGUUUGGAUUAUGGUUUUCAGUUAUGUUGGCAACUAUUUUUUAACACAUUACUUCUUCACAGUUCUUGGUGCAUCAUAUACUUUUCCGUCAUGGAGGAUGAAUAAUGUACCACAUACAACAUUUCUCCUGACUCAUGCUUGCUUCCUAUUUUAUCACAUGGCAUCAAAUAUAACACUUCGCAAAUUACGCCACUCUACAGCUAAUUUGUCGAUGUCUCUUCAAUGGUUGUUUGAAGUUGCGUGGAUUUUAGCACUCGCAUACUUCAUAGCAUACUUGGAGACCUUAGCCAUUUCAAAUUUUCCAUAUUAUGAAUUCAUCGAUCGGGAUAUAAUGUACACAGUAGGCUCAUUGUUUUAUGCCUUAUACUUCCUUGUCAGCUUCCCAAUGUUCUCAAGGAGAGUAUGGCGACCAUCGCGACCUUCAAGAGGAGCGGAAGGAGCAGGGCCUUGCCAAUGCACACUUGAAAAAAAACUGGGCAUGGAGACUCCUCUUGGCGCUGACGACACCACCGGGCUGGGGGAGGUGGCUCUCCGCAUGUGACCAAGACAACGGGUGCCGCCAUCAACACCGCCAACAUCCAUUGAUGGUUGAUCGCCCCGCUAGUGGCAUCCGCCACAUUUCUUGCUGCUAAUAGUUCGUCCUGCCUCUGCCGAUAUUGCUCAAGGGGUGGCAUGCCCUCCCCACCAAUGAGCACAUCGAUAGUUGGACUCUCCAUUAUCACAAGUUGGAGUUCCCGACCUACAAUGGCGACGGUCACCCGUUGUCCUGGCUUAAUUGAUGCGAUCAUUUUCUUGCAGCUCAAUGCACACUAGUGAGCGAGAAAACAUGGGUGGCAUCCUACCACCUCACGGUCGUGGUUAACAUGUGGUACUGCAACUUGGAUAACAAGCAUGGCCAGUCCACCUGGGAGGACUUCACACAUCAAUAUAUGCUUUACCACCCUCUCGCGGCAAUCCGUUCGACGAGGUUAUUUAGUUCACCUCUAGGUGUAGUGGCCGACUACGAGAAAGUAUUUCUGGCUCUCGUCUCAUGAUGUAAGUUCUUUCCUGACGAGGAGGAACACGACACCUUCAUAAGUGGUAUUUUCCAACCCCAAGGCUCCAGUUCUUCUCCUUAAGCUAAUGACAGUCAGGGCCGCUGCCCGACCAAAUCGUUGGAGUCACUCGUCCGGUCCUACUACCCCUCGGACGCCUUGGUUGGGGACACUUAUUCGGCACCUCCCAUCGUCAAUCGUACAUUCAUUCUCUCUCUCCAAACGAGAUGGAGGAGCUACGUCACCAGGGCCUUUGCUAGAACUGUGGAGACACCUUUGUCCAUGGACAUUGCUACAAUUUUUAUGUUGCUGAUUACAUUCUACCCUAAUGAUGAUGAGCCUACCACUAAUGUUGGGAAGAGUUGGCAACCCCAAUUUUUGUUGCUGGCCUUGUUCGACAUUUGCGGCUCUAGAACCAUGCAGUUGCACAUAUCCAUUGGUGGCGUCUCCCUUAUGGUUCCCAUCUACACUGGCUCCACACACAAUGUUGUGGCGUUUGAGUUGACUAAGCGCGUGGAGAUCACUUUGCACAAAUGCGUGUAGCUUUCUAUCGUUGUUACCAAUGGCGAUUGCAUUACCAGCGAUGACAUAUGUUGUGGCACUUUCAUCGCCAUUGACCGGGAGGCUUUCUCCCUCGACUUAUACCCCAUCCCACUUGGCUUGUUUGACGUUGUGUUAGGGGUCCAAUGGCUCAGUACACUAGGUCAUAUCCUUUGUGACAUUACCCAACUCUUCAUGGCCUUUUGGCGCGAUACUCAUUGGGUCAUCUGGCACGGGGAGGUGGCACCCACUGGCACACCAACACUUCUAUCAUCAAUAUGCCAGCCAGAACCUCAUGGCCGAGUUGAUGGGACCCUCACAUUUUAUCAAUACCAACACAAUAUUGCUUCUUGCCGAUACAUCAAAGCAUAAAAGCUUUUGGGAAAGAGAGAGAGAGGAGGGAGAGAGGGAGGGAAGGAGAGAAUUGGAAGAGAGAAGACCAACACAACUCACAAGUACGUAUGCCAUUCUAGAUAGCCGUGCUUGAACAAUAGAAAUGGUAGCCAUAUUUUUAUUUUAUCUUGAAUAAAUUCCAUAAACACUAGUACUAUAAGCUUGUGUUGUGACACAGAAAUGAAAAUUAGACGUGUCUUGCACUGGAUCCCAAGUCUAAAUGCAACUACAUUUAACUCUAUUAC